AUGGAGUGCGGACCAAGGAUAGAGGACGGUUCAAUUCGUGUCGAUGGCACCGAAUUAAAGAAGGUGAACUGUUUCACGUACCUUGGAUCCAAAGUGACUUCCACAGGCGACAUUGAUCAAGAAGGUCGAGCACGUGUUAAUGCGGCAUGGAUGAAAUGGAAAAUGGCAACAGGCUUACUGUGCGACAGGAAAGUCCCUGUUCGACUGAAGUCGAAGAUCUACAGGACGGUUGUGCGUCCUGUUGCCCUUUACGGAUGCGAGUGCUGGCCGACGACGAAAGCCUUGGAAAGAGUGCUGCAUGCUAUUGAGAUGCGGAUGUUGAGGUGGACGAUAGGUGUAACGCUAAAAGAGAAAGUAUCCAACGACACUGUACGUUCCAUCUUCGGUGUCGUCCCGAUAACCGAAAAAAUGAAGGCCAAAACCGCACUGAAGCUCGACGUUUCAAGAGUGAGGCCGCGUGGGAGGCCAAAGAUUCGCUGGUUAGACCGUGUGAAGCUGGAUAUGAUAGAUGCGCGUUUAUGUACGUCUGAUGCAAUGGAUAGAACCAAAUGGAAGACAAGAAGCAGAAAGGCGGACCCUGCAACAACGCGGGACAAACGCUAG